UGCAGUGAAUGGAUUUAUAGGUCCAAAAAAAAUAAAUAAAUACGAAUAGCGUAUUCAUUUUUUCUCUCUCUCUGUUAAGCACGCUAGAACCCUUUCUCUGAGCGCAAACAGACAAAUGCUGGACUACCUUAAGAGAUCGUCCCUCCCUCGGCACGUAUGCCAUUGGUUGAUGUUUGCAGUGGAAGACCUUGCUGAAAUGCAAAACUUGUUGCUGGUCCUUGCGGUCGAUGCGCGCUGUGCUGAGCUUCUCAUUAUUUUCAGUAUCACAAUGAUCUGUCGCUGAAUUGUUUCCUGCUGGAGUAAAUCUAAAAACUGGUGCUAUUAGAAGAGGACUCCCUGAAUGUGUAAGUGUUGCCUCUAAUUGAAAUCGCAAUCAAACUGUUCGAUUUCACGGAAAAUGAACAGGACCGAUGGGACUGUGUUAUCCAGCAGCUCGGUGGUGGCGGGCUUUGGAUAACGCAUGUGCUGCCUAUCGCUUGGAACUCCAAAAGACUGGCUUACAAAGACGGGCAUUCGGGUUUGCCCCCUCACACACAGGACUUUCUUCUGGUCGGCGUGAUCACUUAAGCUCAGCCCAAGGGAACUAUUUCUUUUCAACGUGUGCAGUUUGAAAAAUCUUACCCAUUUAUACAAGAAAGUGGAUACCAAAUAAUACGCUGUUCUGGAUUCAUAUGGAUGUGGAUAUUAUUUUUACGGUACACUGGAUAGUGUAAUGAUGUGCGCUCAAAAGGGAUUUUUAAACAGAAACAAAUGUUUACCUCACUCUGGACAUUUGACAGCACAUUGGAAUUACAGUCUGUGGAGAAUGAUGUGACUGAACAUGUUUUAUAUAUGUUCUUUUUUUCUAUAUGUGUUGUAGCUGUUGUCUGACCACAAGGUGAGGGUAAUUUUGUGGUAAGAUAGUUGUUUUAUAACAGUUGUGUUUUGCUGUGCUGUACAGCAAUUUUACUACUACUACUACUACUACUACUAAUAAAAUGUAAUAAUAAUAAUAAUGUAUUACAUUUUUGUAAUACUUUUAAAAGCAGUGAAUAAAAUAAUAUGGAAUCGAUUAUGGACUAGACCAUAACAUUUAUCAUUUGUAUAGAGCAUUUAGUCUUUCACAUUAAUUUACAAUAUCAAUACUACAAUACUACUUUCUCUGUAAUUAAUUAUUUACAACUGUAGUUUUCAACUACAAGCUUUUUUAUUGAUGGCAAUAUAAAAUUAAAUUUUUAUUGCAGUAUUUCAAUAUCUUUGUUGAUAUCAAUUGAGUUAGCCAAAGGAAAAAAAAAGAAGAAGACUUUAGACACUGCAGUGGAGUCAGGCGAACUGGCUGUCAUGCAGGAUUGAUUGUGGGAAGUAUGUUUGGGCUGGAACAGUUUGGUCCACAGAUUACUAACAGAAAUUUUGGUCACACUGAAAAAAACUUUAACCAGCCAAAAGUGAGCAUGAACUCCCAUUACAAGAGCCCAGGUUUUCAUUCUGGAGGCCCACAAGGGACUGUUGAGAGUGGUAUGGACCCACUUAGCAAGCCUCCUGUGGUUGAGAUGAACAUUAAUAUGAAUGGAGGGGAACAGUAUGGUGGAUUUCAGCAAGGAAAUUCUGAAUUACAUGCAGGGAAUCUCCAACAACAACAGGCCUCAAUGCAUGGAUUUUUUAAUCCUCAUCAACCUCACAAUCAAUCUCACAGCCACCAAACACAUUCACACCAACACCAUCAACACUUUGGGGGAAACUUUGGACCUGAACCUGGCUCCUCCUGUUUGCACAGCGGAAGAAUGAUGGGUUAUAACAGCAGUAUGGGACUCCAGCAAGGAUUCCCAGAGGGUUUUGACCCACUCUCUGAGGGGCAGUCAGCAGAAGGCUUCUCUCAGCAGCAGUCCCAGCAGCAGCAGCAAAGGACAGACUCCAUCCCUGAUUUUCAGCACCACAGACCCCCCAGUGGAAAUCACCCGGUCCCUGCCCCAUGUCUCCCUUUGGACCAGUCACCUAAUCGUGCUGCCUCAUUCCAUGGCCUGUCUUCUUCAUCCUCUUCAUCAGAAAGUCACAAACUGGAGUCCAGACGAAUGCCCCCAUCAGGUGGUGUUGAUGGACUGGACUACAACUAUUCUAAUGAGCCCUCAUCUGAACAUUUUGAAGUGUCUGUGUACUCCCCCUCUGAAUCUGAUUCUCAGCUUUCUCAAUUUGGGCAUGUCCGUCAGGUGCCAGGGCCCAGUUUUCCUGGAAACACAGGGUUGUCGCGAGCUCCUGGAAUGCAGGGCAUCUCUAAAGAACACCCCCAUACCCCCCCUCAACAGCAGCAGCCCUCAGCCCAGCACAGUGUGUUCUUUGAACGUUUUGGGGGUGGGUGCAAAAUACCAGUGGGGAUAGAGCCUGGUGCCAGGCAUCCUCUCAUGCAGCAGCAGCCAGGCUUGAUUGGCCGACAGAACACUUGCCCACCAUCUCUCCAACAGCCCCCACAAUCAGAGACGGGUUCUGCUAAUGCCAGUAUGCAGGAGGGUGGCGUCAUGGUGCCUGGCCAGCAUAAUCAGUUUGAAUACCCUAUUCACAGACCAGAGAACAGACGGAUGCAUAGUUAUGGCGACCACGUGUUCAAUAUGCAGCAGAAGCCACCCCCUCCUCAGCAGCCUUCCAAUCAGAGGCUGCAACACUUUGAUUCUCCUUAUUUAAAUAUGGCUAAGAGGCCCAGGUUUGAUUUCCCCAAUGCUACUCAUGGCGGGGAGAGUUGCAGCAGUUGGAACAGUGGUAUGCAUAACCCGCCUGGUAUGGAGAAUCAUCUCUCUCCAGCAGCCUAUCCUGGCCUGUCUGGAGAGUUCACCCCCCCUGUGACGGAUGGCUUUUCAUCAGGCCCAUCAAUGCAACUUACAGGGCCUGAGCAGCAGUCAAUGCAGCAGCAACAAAAUGCAGCAAUGAUGAUCAAGCAAAUGGCCUCUCGAAGUCAGCAGCAGAGGAUGACACAACCCAAUCUGCAGCAGCUGGGUCAUCACAGUGAUGUUUCUCAAGGGCCCCUGGGGCAUGGGGGCCCAGUGGGAGGCAUGUCUCAGUCAAAUAUCGAGAGGGAAAAUGGUAGGAGGAUGGUGAACUUUGAUGGACGGAAUGCACAUAUGACUUUGGAGAGUGGGUGGUUUCCUGGGACACAUCCACCUGGGGAAGUGCUGGGCCAUCGCAUAGGGGCAGGUAGAGAAGUGGGGGCUCAUGAAAUGCAGCAAAAUGGCCCUGACAUGAUGUUCAGAGCUGGUGUGAAUGGAAUGGGCAUGCAGGAGCCUAUGAGGAUACCAGGGGAGGGCCACGUGCAGCCCUUACUUUCACCCAGCAUCCACUCACAAUUCAACAGUGGCAUGGGGAACCUUUCACAGAUGCAGUCUCCCAGUAUGGGUGUUGGACUGCCAAACACACCAUCAGAAAGGCGCCCUAAUGACUUUUCGGGACCAUCCAUGGGUGGUCCAUCCUCUUUUCCCUAUGGAGGCUGUAAUCGACAGGGAGCCUCUCUCAGUAACUCGCAAGGGGUGAGCACCUCACCAGGGAGUUUAACAUCCCAAUCAGACUUUCCCCCUAACCAGCGUUCCUCUGUCAGCAAACUUGGGGGACUCUCCUUAGGGAAUUUUAGCAAAACGAGUGGCAAGGACAAUGUUUUUGGACAGAGCUGCCUGGCAGCCCUCUCUACUGCCUGUCAGAACAUGAUUGCCAGCCUGGCGGCCCCUAACCUCAAUGUGACAUUCAACAAAAAAACUCAGGGAGAGGGGAAACGAAAGCUGAGUCAGACAGAACAGGACAUGAAUAACAGUGUGGUUAAUGGCACUGGGAAUGCUGGGACUGAAUAUUUCUCAAGCAUUACUGCCCCCCAAAGUGGGCAAAUGCCUCCCGCUGGAAAUAGCAACACUAAGCCACCAGGUCAAAAUCAGACGGUGCAGGGGGAAGCCAGCACCCUCUCCCCAAAUUACAAUAUGGAAACUACCCCUUGCAGUGAGGGGAAGGUAGCAACAGGGAGUGGGAGAGGGAGAGGGAGGAGAAAAAGAGACAGUGGCCAUGUGAGCCCUGGGAUAUUUUUCCCCUCCGACAACAGUAACCCUGUUGUAAGUCCUGGCCAGCAGGUGACCUCAGCAACUAGUGUGGGGGAGAGAAGUACAGGCACACCUCAAGAGAAGCCCCACACCUCUCCCUCAUGGGGAAAAGGGGGUGAACUGCUGCUGGGAGAUCAGGCUAACCUUAUGUCAUCUCUUGAUAGUGGCAUCCAGAGCGAAACAAAAUCUGAAGUCUGUUCAUCUCAGAUGGAUUUUACAGAUGACGUGUGCACACAUUAUAGCAAUGAGGAUGAGGUUUCAUCAAGCUCAGAUGCUCCAUCCUCUGUGAAGGCUGGCCGCAGCCCUUUGUUAGGUUCACCCAAGUUGCAGAGAGACAGUGGACUAAUAGGUGGGCAGAAAGGGCAAGGCAUGGGCCUCUCCAACCACACUACCUCACCAUCGGAAGGCUUUGGUGGAGUGGGCCAUCUGGGUACACCGGGCAUGGAGCAAGUUCGUACACCCUCUAGCACCUCGGCCCAUGAUGAAAUUCACCCAUUAGAAAUAUUGCAGGCUCAGAUACAGCUUCAACGGCAGCAGUUCAGCAUUUCAGAAGAACAGCCUUUAGCUGUAAAGAAUAACAAAAAAAGUAGUGACUGCAGUGGUCAGGAUGGAGAUGGAGAGCUUGCUAGCUGUAGCCCGGAUGCCGGGAAGGGCUCUGUGGGCACUAUUGAUCUGGACACACUCAUGGCUGAGCAGCAUGCCACCUGGUAUGUGCCCAGUGAUAAGUCUCUGCUUGAGGAUUCAGAGGAGGAGAAGUCUGUGUGGGAAAAAAAUAAAGUCCAGGGAACCAUCAAAGAAGAAGUAGACCUCUCUCAAAGUAAGACCACAGGAGGAUCGGGUUCCUCGGGGACUACUGGAGGUAUGGGUUCUCAUCUCCAGUGUCUGUCAGUCCACUGUACAGAUGAACUUGGGGAGUCAAAGGGACAUGGGGGACCUGUUCCUUCCUGGCGUUCUCUUCACUCGGACAUCUCAAACCGUUUUGGAACCUUCGUAGCUGCGUUGACUUGAAGAGAACAGAGCAGAAGAAAAAAAGACCUUUCAACUAGUGGAUGAGAAUAAGGAAACAAGAUUUCCUGUUUAAGCCGGAUAAAUCAAUGUUUCUUUGUCAGGACAAUGUAUGCCCUUUUUUGUAGAAAACAAAAAACAUGAGGAUCGUCACACUGAACUUACUGCAGGAUGGUAUAUAAAGGGUGGAAGAUAUAUGGUGUACCAGUACUGAUGCUGUUUUCAAAUCCAGACCUCAAUAUUCCUUUUUAUGUCUAUGCAUUCUGAUGACUAUUCUGCUCAUCCAUUUUUACGUAUUCUAUGCUUCUCUCAUACCCUCUUUUUUGCCCUCUCUGGGGGUCUCAUUUUUUUUUUCAUCUUUGAAGUAAUUAUUGUUCCUUCUUAUUAAAUGCCAUUAUUCUGUAUAAGAUCUAGGGUCUCUUCCUGACCCUAAGCCCACAUAGUAACCUCCCCGCCCUCAGGGCAGGUAAUUCUACUGUCAUCAAGGGACACAAGCAUACUUUGAAAUUUGGUCCUUGUGAGCAUGCUGCCUGCUGGCUUGUUGGAAUCAAGUAAAAGGUGAGUCCUUUUAGAACGUGUUUCAUAGAAAUUCAACGAUGUGCCAUGUCUUUUCAAGCUGAUCACUGGCCCUCCUCCAGCCUUUCUACACUGUCUUUGGUUACUCUGAUCUGUUGGAUUUCCUCAUUACUUGAAUAUUAGGUUUACAAUAUUUUCCAUACUUCAUUUUAAAACAGAAUUCCCAUAAGCCCAUCAGAUUGUUUCUUAAAUACCCAGGAUGCUUCAACACUGGUAUGCUGCAGAGCUAAGAGGAAAGAUUUUGAUGUUAAGUGGAUUACAAAUAGAAACCAGAAUAUUGGUAUUGCACAUGUAAUUUUUUAGGCAAUCUUUAGAAAAAAAAAAAAAAAAAUGCUUCAGUUGACCUAAAAAACCUGAAAAAGGUUAGAUGGAAGGUCUUAAUGGCAAUGUGAAGAUCCUUGUUUCUUUUCAUUUUUUUUUAAAGUAAUAUGUAAAGUGCAGUUGUCUGUUUUUCUGCAUAUUGUAUAUGUAUACAUAUAUAUAUAUGUAUAUGUUUUAUUGAGUAAAAUUACAAUAAAUAUGAUGUUAAUGGUGA